AUGCUGAGGCGAAGUCACAGAAAGUCACGGGCAGGGUGCCUCGAGUGCAAGCGUCGCCACGUCAAGUGUGACGAACAGCGGCCAAAAUGCAUCAUUUGCACGCUUUCAGACCGGGAUUGCAGCUAUCCAACCCAACCGGCUGGCUCCUCAACCCCCAACACACCGGCAGCAGGCAUCCAGGAGGAGCCGGAACCGGAGCCGGAGCCGUCAGCAUAUUUGGCUGCCGCCAUCACUACCAGCAAUGCAAGCAACGCGAGUCCCGUCGCCGGUGUCCCCCUCCCCGACAUUGCAAGCCAAGGGCCCAUAUCACCCAACUAUGCGAACCAGACUUCCCCCGAGGUCAAUCUAAGCCACAUGGAGUUACUCAUCCGCUUCAAGUUCGAAGAGCACGCUCCUGAGUUGAACGUCGAGAUGCACGACUUCUCCUCGAAACUCCUAUUCAAGUGUGCGCUGGAGGCCCCCUACCUGAUGCACGAGAUCCUCGCCGUCUCAGCUCGACGUCAAGCCGUCCUCCAACCUGAGAGAGCAGAUCACUUUCUUGAAACCGCCAUCCACUUGCAAACUAAAGCUGUUUCUAUUUAUAACGAGACGGGUGCCAGGGCUCAAAUUGACCAGACCAACUGCUCCGCCCUCCUACUAUUUUGCUCCCUUCUCGGCCGUCACCUGCUUGCCGACCUCCUCGCGAGGCGCGACACCGACUUUGGAGACUUCCUGGCUCGCUUUCUCGAGUUCCUCUCGAUAUCUCGUGGUCUGAUGGCCAUGUCCGUCUCUGCCUGGGAUCUUCUGUUACAAUCUGAUAUCAAACAUCUUGUGCUCUGGGCGCUCGAGAUCUCCCAGUCCACGCCCCGGGGGAACCACUGCGAUGGGCUACAACGCCUUGUGGCCGAGUCGAAGGACCUGGACGCACCGUCCAAGGAAGCUUGUAUGACCGCUAUCGCCUGCCUUCAAGUCGGCUUCGACAGUCUGCUGUGGGGCGACACCCGAAACCAGAGAUAUUUGAUGGUGUUCAUGUGGUGA